AUGGCAGAUACUAGCCUCAAGACGACGGAGACGAUCGAGCAUGUCGAGGACAGUCAGUCUCGCGGCCCCUUCCAUCUACGCAACCUCGGCCAUGUGCGUCUGCGGCAUGAGCACACCAAUGAGGUUAUCUUGACUCCAGCUCCGUCACUGGACCCCAAUGAUCCCCUUCGCUGGUCGACUGCCUACAAGAUCUAUAUCGCCAUGCUUGUCUCCCUAGCCAUGGUCAUGUGUAAUUUCAUGGCUGCCGGUCCUACAGUCGCAAUGGUUGCAAUUGCGACGGACUUCAAAGAAGGGGGAAACACAACGAUGAGUGACUGGAUCAGUCGGGCCGCGUACUUUUUUAACAACAGCGCUCUGAUGCAGGGCGUCUCGUGUCUCUUCUGGGUGCCGCUGCUUAACAAAUACGGCCGGCGGCCAGUCUACAUCUUUGCUUUCAUUCUCUACUUCUUCAUGAUACUGGCAGCCGGUUUGGCAAAGACGUAUGCAGGCGAGCUCACGACCCGGACCAUCCUAGGUAUCGGGGCAGGUGCCGGCGAGUGCCUGGCGCCUGUUACCAUUGCCGAUGUGUUCUAUCUUCACCAGCGAGGUUAUGGCAUGGCCAUAUACAACGCCGCCUUGAGUGCAGGAGUCGCCUUCGGUAUCAUCAUCUCGGGACUGGUCACGAUCAAGCACGACUGGCGGACCAUCUACUGGGUGGGAUGCGCUCUAGUCGGAGCUCUGACCGUUGUGGUCGUCUUCUUUUUCCCAGAAACUGCCUACCGGCGUGUUGGAAACCCCUUCGUGGAACGUACCGUCGAGAUCCAAAAAUUGUCGGACAGCAACAAUCUGGAAUUCGCCUCAGUCCCUCCCAUCCCGCCCAAGAUGAGCUACCUGCGUAGUCUGCGCUUCUGGUCCGGCGAGACAUAUACGGACGAGUCCUUCUGGCGGAUGUUCGUGCGUCCCUUUGGGCUGAUCCUCAUCCCACCCAUCUUCUGGGCUACCAUUGUCAUGUCGGUGACUAUCGGGUUCCUGGUGGCUGUUGUCUCCAAUUUCGCCUCGGCGUUCAGCACAACCUACGGCUUUGAGGCCUGGCAGUCCGGUUUAUGUUUCAUCGCUGGCAUGUUAGGUUGUUUCCUGGGUACAUUCGCCGGUGGUCCGUUUUCCGACUGGGUGGCGGAUUACUUUACCAAACGCAAUGGAGGGAUCCGUGAGCCUGAGAUGCGAUUGCCCGCGAUUAUCCCAAGUGUGAUCGCCGCGCCUCUUUCCCUGGUGCUAUAUGGAUGUGGUAUCGCCAAUGGCUGGCACUGGAUGGUACCUACCGUUGGCUUGGGCUUGUUGUCUUUCGCCAUCACCCAGGGCACGAAUGUCUCCUUCGUCUACUGUAUUGACUCCUUCCGCCCAGUCGCAGGUGAAGUGACGGUCACCCAGCUUGCUUUCAAGUCUUGCUUUGGAUUUCUGCUUUCCUUCUAUACCAAUACGUGGGUCAACGAGUCCGGCUAUAUUGCUGCCUAUGGCGCUAUGGCGGGCAUUUCAGGCGGCUGUCUACUCUUCUUCAUCCCACUGUUUUUCUGGGGCAAGUCUAUCCGACAGGCCUCUAUGAAGUGGUCGUUUGUUCAGUUUGUAUUCUGGACGGAUGAUCGUGAGGUGGGAGAGUAG